AUGGCGAUAAAAGAAGGCUCCACAUUUCCAGAAGGUAUUAACUUUCUAUAUAUCCCAAUUGAUUUAUCAAAUCCAUCAGCAAUAGAUCCCUUAAAAUGUGAUAUACCAAUCAAAUUAAAUAUGGAUAAAUUAAUCAACAAGUAUGCCGGCACAUCAACUCCAAACAUUUUACUCAUAUCAGCACCUGGCGCAUUCACACCCUUAUGUCAUGAAAAACAUGUUUUGGAAUAUUUAUUAAAUUUAAAUCAUCUUAAAUCGAAAGGAGUUGGAGCUAUUUUGGUAAUAACAAGUAAUGAUCCAUUUGUUGUAAAUGCAUGGGGGAAAUUAUUAACUAAAGAAUAUGUGGAUUUCAAAAAGGAUUCUCCUGAAGUGGUUUUCGCUAGUGAUACUCAAUUUAGUUCUUCAAAUGGUUUAACUAAUAGUGUGGGGGGUUUUACAAGAAAUUCAAGGUAUGCUACUAUAAUUAAUGCAAAUUCUAGAAAAUAUACUUAUUUUGGAGUUGAAACUGAAAGAAAAGUUGGAGUAUCUGGAUAUGAUGCUGUUGCUGCAAAGUUAUAA